GAUACGAGUAAAGUUGCAUAUAUUUUAUCUUUUCAAAACAUUAUUUUCUUCUAUUCAAUUUGUAAUGGAAACCGAUCGCCAAAAUUCCAAAAUGUAAAAUCUACUUGUGCUAUAACCUGCCUCUCCUCAUGUUCUCGUUGUGCAAACACUUCAACAUUUAAGGGGAGAUGACCAUGGCAGCACAAAACUUCAAAAGCUCCAUCCAAAUCCAACCCUCAUUUCACUGUCAUCUCCUUCCUUCUUCCCUACCAACAAUCUUCAAAAUCCGCCACAAGCCUCAAAACCCCAUAUCUCUCAAAUUCCACCCAAUCCAAGCUUCAAAUCACAAAUACAUCACUCCCACAAAACAACAACAACAACAACAAGAUGAUGGAAUCCCCAUGGAACAUAUCAAAACCCUAGUCAAAUUCAAGUCCAGGCACAACUACAUCCGGGUUCUAGAAGUUUCUAGAAGAGCCGACCACCCAUUAGCUGGUUCCCGGCUUCUUCUUCUCGACGCACCUGGUAACAUCCACAGCAUAUCAUUCCUCUUCAAAUCAAUCACCAACGCCUAUUACGACGUUCUAGCAACUCUUCCCCCAAUUCUACCACCUGGGCCAUUAGGAAUUCUCGGGUUCGGAGCCGGGUCAGCUGCGAAAUUGAUUCUUGAAUUAUACCCACAAGGUGUUAUCCAUGGAUACGAGCUAGACCCAUCUGUAAUAUCCGUCGGAAGAGAAUAUUUAGGGCUUUCGAAAGUUGAAAAACAAUACCCAGAUCGUCUUUUCAUCUAUAUCAGCAAUGCGCUGAAUGCCAGUGUGAAAGAUGGGUAUUCUGGGCUAAUAGUUGAUUUGUUUAGUAAAGGGUGUUUGAUACCUGAGCUUCAGAACCCACAAACAUGGGAGAAAUUGAAAGGGAAACUGAAAAAAGGAGGAAAGAUAAUGGUGAAUGUUGGAGGGAGGUGUGUAGAACCAGAAGAUAGUAGAAAAGAUGGGAAAGUGAUAAUGGAAGAGACAUUAAUGGCAAUGAAUAAGGUUUUCGAAGGUGAAGUAUUUGUAUUGAAUCUUGGAAAUAGAAAGCAAGAAGAUAGUAGUGUUGCCAUUGUUGGUGGAUUACCUGAUCUAGAGAAAUGGAGGAUUUCUUUGCCUAAGCCUUUGAGAUUUUAUGUUGAUAUGUGGAACAAGUAUGGUUGAUGAUGACAAAAAAAAUUUAAGUUUUAGCAAUUUUUUUAUUUUGUAGAAAAAUUAAUGAAAGUUCUUACAUUGGUCAA